AGUCAGUCAGUAGUCACUAGUCAGUAGGGACUAGUUAGCGACGGUGCCUGUGAGUGUGCGUGUGUGUGUCAUGUGAGAUGUUCUGCGACAAACAUCCUUUCCGAAGCCUCAAAAUACACGGAGGGGAUGCUGAGCCCGUGGUCUGUCCUCGCGCUGACGCUGCUGUGGCUCUUGUCGCUGACACUAUCACAAGCUGACGCCCAGAUCCGUGUUGGAGGCGCUAUCAACCUGUUUGGCCGCUACGGCUACCUCAGCAUCAGCAUGAAGGUUGUACCUCGCAACGACACCGACCAGACGUGGCUUUUCCGAGAACCCAUCGUCGAUGUCUUCAAAAAUGUUCCUGUUAGAAAUAGCUUAUCGCAGAAGGUGGCAACCAACCCUAUCUUCCAGGGUGACUUCCACAUGGAGUUCUGCGACAACGUGCGCCAGCUGCUGCAAGCCUACUUCCGCGACUUCGCCGUCGAGCGGCUGGACCGUCCUUGGCAAGCGUUCACGGGCAGCUGGGGACCCGCGGCGGUGGCACGUAACCUGGGGAUCAACUCUACCUACGUGACUGGCAGACACAGCUACGUGCUGGUGCGGCUGGCGAGGCACCGCGACGCCGCCAGAGUGCAGGAGGACGCCGCCGUCACGCCCGACACAUCGCAGAUACACGAGGCGGUGGCGAGACAAGCUGACCAGGUCAAGGUGGGCGACACGGCGAGCGUCGUGGAGUUCAUCAAGAGCUUCGGCAGCCACUACGUGCGCAGCUUCGUCACUGGCAACUCACUGUUCCAGGUGUUUGUGUACAGUCCAGCCAUCUACACUCGCAUCAAGGAGGUGAUGAAGGUGCGAGGGGUAGCUCAACUGUCCUCUGAGGAGAUCAACAGCUACUUCUCCCCGUGGUACGCAGAGCACAUGGGUCGUAUCCUAGCAGCUAGUGGCAACUCCACCCUCGAGUCCUGGGCUACAAACAACCUCCGUACUCAGUUCUACUUCUUCGUCUUCUCCAGCCUUAUCAAACUACACCACCCUGAUAGCUCAGACUUGCUCAAAGACUUGGACAAACUGUUAAGAAACGAAGCUCUACUCCAGAUAGACUUGAGGACGUUAGCGCCUGUUUUUAAGGAUGCCCAGAAAAGACAGUGGUUUGAGGAAGUGAUUGACAACAACCUCAAAUUAUGGGAGGUCAAUAUGAGAUAGCCGGUGAUGAUUUAGCUUUCUACUUAAGGAUGACUGUUUUAGUGUACAUUGAGAGGUUAUUUAUUCCUUUUACUGUAAGAUUUAGUUUAAUAUUUUGACAAUCAUUAUUGUCUAUUUUAAGAGAGUGUACAGAUGUGUAAAUAAAUUAUUGGCUAAUGUUUAGCUGAUUUAAUAAACUAUUUUUUAAUGUCA